CCCAACCCAUCCAAGAAAAUCCGGUCUCCCUCUUUCUUUACUUUUCGCCUCUCCCACCAUUGAGGCCCUUUCCCCAUUCACCUUGCAUCAAUUCAGCUCACAUAUAUCAUGACUUCAGAACUAAGCUCUGUCCCUUUACCUACUCUUAGAUCACGGCCCCGUGCUGCAACAGCAGUGCAGCCGGCUGCCACCUUCUCCUCGCCCCUCUCUUCGCGACGCUCCUCGCAAGUCAUGGCUCCUCUCCUACUCUCCCCUCCCCUCAACGUUCCUCUUCCCGCUACAACGCCCGGGGUUAGUGACCAUGAGCCUGCACGGACAGCAGCAGUGUCCGGCCCACUGCGCCAUCCCAAACCACUCACCCCGUCCGAUAUUCAUUCAAUGCUGGAAAAAGAGCAAGAAGCAAUGGUCAAUCGCCUAUCCAGAGAACUCUCCCUCCUUCGCCAGCAAACAGCCUCGGUCGCAUCGACAACAUCAUCUACAUCGACUACACUCAAUGACCACAUGGAAACACUUCACACCUCCCCUUACCUCAUCAACUCAAUGGUCCCUACGACUUCGCGAAGACAUCGUUCCUCCUCCAGUCUAAGUUCUUCAUAUAUUCCAGCUGUUCAAGGAUCACGAACGGGGAGCGGCUUCGGGAUCGCACCGUCAAGAGAGACACAGUUACCGUCGACCCGUUCUGACCCUGUCCGCUCAGGGAGGAGUAGAGAGCCAUCUCUCACUUCUCGGCAAUCAGACGCCUCAUUGUCGCAACACCACAUUCCGUCUGCCGACCAGCUUUCACCAUCUCUUGGAGGAUAUUCCCAUCGGAACUCGCUUAUCCCACAGAGACCAAGCCCUGGUAAUCCACUAUCUCGCCACGAAGAGCUUCUAGUCCAGAGGGAAGAGGUAGAUUCGCUCAAGCGGGAGAACGAGAAUCUGCGUCGGCGCGUACGGGAACUGGAACUUAUCGUUCGAAAUUGUCGAGAACAAGAGCGUGCUAGGGUAGAUCAGGCGAUCCGAAACCCAGCACAUAUUGAAGUAAGUCAGGAGAAAAAGGAAACAGAUACUGAUGAUUGAAGCACUUGCUUCCGGUAUUAGGAGUCGCUCUCAAUUACAGAGUAUCCAGGAACAAAAUUUCCCUUUGGUCGGGCUAAAUGAUAAAUCAUCAUUCGGAUCCUAUAGAUUGUUCUCUUUUAGGCGUAUCUUACGAGUGUUCGAUGCUUGCACCUCAGUUCUGGGUUCCUUCCCCCUUUUUCUGUGUGUUUGGUGUAGCUAGACUGGGCGAGAACUACUAGUAGGAG